AUGGGCCAAAAUGAGAUUGAUUCAGAAGAUGCCUUUGGUCGUGAACGCAAAACGAACAUUGGUAUUCUCAGUACCAUCAGUCCAGACGUACAUGAAAAGGCUCAAGAGAGUCAAUUACAGCUCUUUGAAGGCCCUCGAUCAGAUGAACAACAGCAAUGGCACCCAGACCUCCGAGACUGGUUGGUGUUUGUCAAUAUCCUCGUUUUCGCGAUGAUGGAUACUUUUGAUGCCACAGUGAUGAUACCUAUAGUUCCUGAAAUGAAAGCUGACUUCAACGCCUUCAAGCGACUAGCCAAUGCACUCAACGAGCCUAUUGUUACCACUCUCUGGGUGAGCACCAGCUACCUCAUCGCCAGUACCGCCAGCCAAUUGUUCUUCACCAUGGCAUGCGACGUCUUCACCCAUGGCCCGCUAUGGAUCGUGGCAGGUAUCUUGAGCACGAUCGGAUCGGGAAUCUGCGCCGGUUCAACAAGCUUGACCGCGCUGAUCAUUGGCCGCUCGAUACAAGGAAUAGGCGGCGGCGGUGCAACAGCACUUUGCUUUGUGAUCAUGCAAGACACAACGCCCAAGUCGAUCCAUUCCCGUUAUUCGUGCUAUAUCCAGUUGACGCGAUUUAUCGGGAUAGUGUUGGGCCCUGCAGUCGGGGGAAUCUUCACUGAUAAAGGCACGUGGACAUGGGCGUGCUAUUUCAACUUUGUCUUCUGCGGACUAGGCUUACUGUUGAUCCCGGUUUCCGUGGACUUGCGCAUCUCGAGAAACAUUCCGCUUCGAACGCUUCGCAUCUUGGAUUGGUCCGGCGCGACAAUGGCUAUACUGGGUCCAACUAGUCUUCUGAUCGGUCUCGCCUGGGGAGGUGUCCUGUACAAAUGGACAGAAUGGCAAACAAUAAUGCCUAUCGCUGUCGGGCUUUCGACCAUGAUUGCCCUGAUCUUGUACGAGUCAACAUGGGCUCUUCGUCCGCAUUUUGGAUCAAAAGUAUUCAGAUCCACAACAACAACAAUGACUUACAUUGGCUGCUUCUGCCAUGGCUUCGUGCUAUUCGCUCAAAUGCAGCAUUAUGCAUUCUUCUUAAUGUUGACAAAGGAUUUUUCCACAACGCAUGCUGGCUUGUCGCUGUUAGCACUUACCGGCUUCGCACUUACCCCAGCCGCCGUCGUGGGAGUUGCCUUUGCAAACAAGCCGCAGUAUACCCGAUACGUCACCUCUGGUGGAUGGACGCUGAAUCUUCUUGCAUCUAGCUGUUCAAUCCUUCUCGGAAGGAAGACACCCAUCAUUGGACUUGUCUUUCUGCUCCUGACUGCGGGUCUCGGUCACGGGCUUCUUUUAGCAAGCUAUAGUACCAAAGCGCACAGCAUGGCAGGGUCCGGAAGUAAAUCAUUUGCUAGGAGGCCGGUUGCAGUCUCGAACUUUAUGCGCGCAUGGGGUAUGGCAAUGGCCAUACCCAUUGGAGGAGUGAUAUUCUUGAACAUGCAUGAGCGUCAGCUUGAACACCUUGGACUUGGGAAGGACUUGGUUAAUACUGCUCAGGGAUACUUGGUUCUGAUGAAUCAGGUAAAGAUGUCCCAUGGAGAGCGGACGGCCAUGCAUGAUGCCUCAUCAAAGUCACUACAAGUCGUAUGGAUGGUAAUGACUGGCGUGAGUGCAUUGGGCGGUUUUUCAACUGUCUUUGCAUGGGGAGCACGGUUGUGA